AUGUUCCGGCACCCUUUACCAAUCCUACUAUUCGGAUUCCUACAAAUGGUCCAGCCCACUGUAGCAGCUCAAUCACUCCAAUUCGGCAUCACAUUCGGUGAUUACGUUAGAUUCUACCCUGAUGUGAGUAAUGUAAAAUACGCUCUGACUGUAUGCUCAUGGGUUAAGAAACAGCAGACUGGGACAGCCAGAUCCUGGAUAACCUACACAACAAGUACUCAUGGAUACGAAAUCCUCAUCUCUGACGCUGGAAGCUAUAACUACAUUCACGGCAACUGUCACGGUGUGUCUGUUUCGGUGCCGCUGAACACAUGGACCCACCAAUGCCAGAGCUGGUCCACAAGCUCUGCAUUACUAAAGGUAUACUACAACGGAACUAUGGUUGGGUCAAUGAGAGUUGGCAAUACUCCAUUAGAAGAGGGGGGCUACAUCCUUCUGGGACAUGAUAGUGGAGACAGCGGCCCAAGUGAAUCUGAAAUAUUCGGAGGACAGCUGAUGAAGUUGAAUAUAUUUGGAAAGGAACUAAGCAGGACAGAAGUUGCAGAGCUGUAUCAGGGUGGCAGAUGUUCUGAAGUGGAAAAGAAGUUCGAUAAUGUCCGGUUCAUCACCUGGGAAAGUAUUCUAAGUCAGCCCAGAACUGGUAACGUGAGAAAAGUUAAUUCUGGGUGUCCGCCAGUUACAAAAGUUGAGUCAGUUAACAUAGAAGUGAAAAAAGGCUCUUACGCAACAAUUUCGUGUAUCAUCACUGGCAUAACAGACACAGCAACUGUGACCUGGCGAACAAGUACAGAACCAGUUUCAGGCGAUAAGCAAAUCCCAACCCAAGGAAGUAACUCUGAUGGGACACAGACAUCAACUCUUGCCGUAGACGGAACUCUUGUCAACGAAGAUACUGCCUACACUUGCAGAGUCACUUCCGGAUCUUUGCCCGAUUCAAACUUCUCUGAUACCACUGUCAAUCUAAACGUUUAUGACGUUGAGUCAGUUAACACAGAAGUGAAAAUAGGCUCUUACGCAACGAUUUCGUGUAUCAUCACUGGCAUAACAGAAACAGCAGCAGUGACCUGGCGAACUAGUACAGGACCAGUUUCAGGCGAUAAGCUCGUCCCUACCCAAGGAAGUCACUCCGACGGGACACAGACAUCAACUCUUGCCGUAGACGGAACUCUUGUCAACGAAGAUACUGCCUACACUUGCAGAGUCACUUCCGGAUCUUUGCCCGAUUCCAACUUCUCUGAUACCACUGUCAAUCUAAACGUUUAUGACGUUGAGUCAGUUAACACAGAAGUGAAGAAAGGCUCUUACGCAACGAUUUCAUGUAUCAUCACUGGCAUAACAGAAACAGUAGCAGUGACCUGGCGAACUAGUACAGGACCAGUUUCAGGCGGUAAGCUCGUCCCUACCCAAGGAAGUCACUCCGACGGGACACAGACAUCAACUCUUGCCGUAGACGGAACUCUUGUCAACGAAGAUACUGCCUACACUUGCAGAGUCACUUCCGGAUCUUUGCCCGAUUCCAACUUCUCUGAUACCAAUGUCAAUCUAAACGUUUAUGACGUUGAGUCAGUUAACACAGAAGUGAAGAAAGGCUCUUACGCAACAAUUUCAUGUAUCAUCACUGGCAUAACAGAAACAGCAGCAGUGACCUGGCGAACUAGUAUAGGACCAGUUUCAGACGAUAAGCUCGUCCCUACCCAAGGAAGUCACUUCGACGGGACACAGAUAUCAACUCUUGCCGUAGAUGGAACUCUUGUCAACGAAGAUACUGCCUACACUUGCAAAGUCACUUCCGGAUCUUUGCCCGAUUCCAACUUCUCUGAUACCAAUGUCAAUCUAAACGUUUAUGACGUUGAGUCAGUUAACACAGAAGUGAAGAAAGGCUCUUACGCAACAAUUUCAUGUAUCAUCACUGGCAUAACAGAAACAGCAGCAGUGACCUGGCGAACUAGUAUAGGACCAGUUUCAGACGAUAAGCUCGUCCCUACCCAAGGAAGUCACUUCGACGGGACACAGAUAUCAACUCUUGCCGUAGAUGGAACUCUUGUCAACGAAGAUACUGCCUACACUUGCAGAGUCACUUCCGGAUCUUUGCCCGAUUCCAACUUCUUUGAUACCACUGUCAAUCUAAACUUUUAUGACGUUGAGUCAGUUAACACAGAAGUGAAGAAAGGCUCUUACGCAACGAUUUCAUGUAUCAUCACUGGCAUAACAGAAACAGCAGCAUUGACCUGGCAAACUAGUACAAGACCAGUUUUAGGCGAUAAGCUCGUCCCUACCCAAGGAAGACACUCUGACGGGACACAGACAUCAACUCUUGCCGUAGAUGGAACUCUUGUCAACGAACAUACUGCCUACACUUGCAGAGUCACUUCCGGAUCUUUGCCCGAUUCCAACUUCUCUGAUACCACUGUCAAUCUAAACGUUUAUGACGUUGAGUCAGUUAACACAGAAGUGAAGAAAGGCUCUUACGCAACGAUUUCAUGUAUCAUCACUGGCAUAACAGAAACAGCAGCAGUGACCUGGCGAACUAGUACAGGACCAGUUUUAGGCGAUAAGCUCGUCCCUACCCAAGGAAGACACUCUGACGGGACACAGACAUCAACUCUUGCCGUAGAUGGAACUCUUGUCAACGAAGAUACUGCCUACACUUGCAGAGUCACUUCCGGAUCUUUGCCCGAUUCCAACUUCUCUGAUACCACUGUCAAUCUAAACGUUUAUGACGUUGAGUCAGUUAACACAGAAGUGAAGAAAGGCUCUUACGCAACGAUUUCAUGUAUCAUCACUGGCAUAACAGAAACAGCAGCAUUGACCUGGCAAACUAGUACAAGACCAGUUUUAGGCGAUAAGCUCGUCCCUACCCAAGGAAGACACUCUGACGGGACACAGACAUCAACUCUUGCCGUAGAUGGAACUCUUGUCAAAGAACAUACUGCCUACACUUGCAGAGUCACUUCCGGAUCUUUGCCCGAUUCCAACUUCUCUGAUACCACUGUCAAUCUAAACGUUUAUGACGUUGAGUCAGUUAACACAGAAGUGAAGAUUGGCUCUUACGCAACGAUUUCGUGUAUCAUCACUGGCAUAACAGACCCAGCAGCAGUGACCUGGCGAACUAGUACAGGACCAGUUUCAGGCGAUAAGCUCGUCCCUACCCAAGGAAGUCACUCCGACGGGACACAGACAUCAACUCUUGCCGUAGAUGGAACUCUUGUCAACGAAGAUACUGCCUACACUUGCAGAGUCACUUCCGGAUCUUUGCCCGAUUCCAACUUCUCUGAUACCACUGUCAAUCUUAACGUUUAUGACGUUGAGUCAGUUAACACAGAAGUGAAGACAGGCUCUUACGCAACGAUUUCAUGUAUCAUCACUGGCAUAACAGAAACAGUAGCAGUGACCUGGCGAACUAGUACAGGACCAGUUUCAGGCGAUAAGCUCGUUCCUACCCAAGGAAGUCACUCCGACGGGACACAGACAUCAACUCUUGCCGUAGACGGAACUCUUGUCAACGAAGAUACUGCCUACACUUGCAGAGUCACUUCCGGAUCUUUGCCCGAUUCCAACUUCUUUGAUACCACUGUCAAUCUAAACUUUUAUGACGUUGAGUCAGUUAACACAGAAGUGAAGAAAGGCUCUUACGCAACGAUUUCAUGUAUCAUCACUGGCAUAACAGAAACAGCAGCAGUGACCUGGCGAACUAGUACAGGACCAGUUUCAGGCGAUAAGCUCGUCUCUACCCAAGGAAGUAACUCUGACGGGACACAGACAUCAACUCUUGCUGUAUACGGAACUCUUGUCAACGAAGAUACUGCCUACACUUGCAGAGUCACUUCCGGAUUUUUGCCCGAUUCCAACUUCUCUGAUACCACUGUCAAUCUAAACAUUUAUGACGUUGAGUCAGUUAACACAGAAGUGAAGAAAGGCUCUUACGCAACGAUUUCAUGUAUCAUCACUGGCAUAACAGAAACAGCAGCAGUGACCUGGCGAACUAGUACAGGACCAGUUUCAGGCGAUAAGCUCGUUCCUACCCAAGGAAGUCACUCCGACGGGACACAGACAUCAACUCUUGCCGUAGACGGAACUCUUGUGAACGACGAUACUGCCUACACUUGCAGAGUCACUUCUGGAUCUUUAUCUGAUUCCAAUUUCUCUGAUACCACUGUCAAUCUAAACGUUAAUGAUUUGUCUCUGACACCGAUGAAUGUGAUAAGAGCUUUCAAAGGAGCAACUAUCGAGUUGAAGUCUUCUCAUUUCUUUUCUUCGAUUGCUGAAGGACACUUUUGGUGGAAGCACAAUGACUCUCUGUGUUUGACGAAACUUGCAGGUGAAGCCGUUGCCAUGACACCAGUUCUGACAACGGAGGGACGACGAGCCAUUUUGACUACAUAUUUCACUGCCAUAGACGUAUCCGAUGUCAGGAUCACAUGGCAGAAAAGAAAGAUUGGCGAGUAG